AAUAUCCCAAAUUUCUGGGUUUCUUCCCCUAACAUUUACCCAAAAUUAACACCUCACCACUCUCACCUCUUCUCUCCCUCCACCAUCCCCCUCUGAGAAAUCUUUUCAGAUUAGAAUCUCACGCACACAGUCUCUCUAGCUCUCUACAUUCUCUCUCUCUAGAACCAGCAAUGGCCUCAGCUACUUGUUCUUCUUGCUGGUCUAAGGGUCACUUCAGUCUCUCCACUGAAAACAAGAUGUUGGAUGUUUUUCCUUUAUGGCUUCCUUACAAAAACUGUCAAUCUACUCCUAGGAUUAGGCUCCUAUUAUAUGGGAAGUCGCGACAUAAACUCUCUAUUGUUAAACAUGAAAAAAUAGGCUUUGGAGGGGAAGACCACAAUCAAAUCUCUAGAAAAUUUAUAUUUGAAGAUUGGUCUCCUGAUAAGGAAAAGGCACAGCUCAUGAAAGCAAUUGCCACUGUUGAACGAGAAGUCUCUAAACCUUAUGAAGAGUCUCCAGAGCUUCAUGCUUCUGAUGAGGACUCUAUUCAAAAAGAGAGGUUAAGACGAACAAGAAUUUCAAAGGCAAACAAGGGAAAUGUUCCGUGGAACAAGGGCAGGAAGCAUAGUCCAGAAACUCUUCAGAGGAUACGAGAAAGGACCAGAAUAGCAAUGCAGGAUCCCAAGGUGAAGAUGAAGUUAAUGAGUUUGGGACAUGCUCAGACUGAGGAGACAAGGAUAAAGAUCGCAGUAGGAGUGCGAAAGGGCUGGCAGCGACGACGGGAAAUGCUGAUGGUUCAAGAAGGCUGCUUGUUUGAGUGGCAGAAUAUUAUUGCUGAAGCAUCUAGGAAGGGCCAUGCGGGUGAUGAUGAGCUGCAGUGGGAUUCAUACAAGAUCAUAGAUGAGCAAUUAAAACAAGAGUGGUUGGAGAGCAUUGAGAAGAGAAAAACAAUGCCUUGGCUAAAAGCUAGCAAGAGAGCACCUAAAUCGCUCGAGCAACGAAGGAAGAUCUCAGAAGCUAUCUCUGCCAAAUGGGCAGAUCCUGAAUACCGUGGACGGGUUUGCUCUGCACUAUCACAGUAUCAUGGAGUAUCUGUUGGGGUUGAAAGAAAACGAAGAAGACGACCAUCAUGUGAAAUGUCGUGUGUUAAAAAAAAGGAGGUUGUGAAGGGAAAACCUAAACCAAAAGGAACUGAACUUGAGUUCAGAAGUAUAAAGACAGUUUUAUCUAGGAGAAAGAGACAUGCAUCCCCUUCUUAUAAAGAUCCGUUGGCUAGCUUCAAGUUGGAGAUGAUCAGAAAAAUUAGGGAAGAAAGAACAGCAAUGGAGAAUAAACAGAAAGAAGCCACUGAGAGAGCAAAAUUACUGAUCACCAAAGCAGAGAAGGCAGCUAAAGCUCUUGAAGUGGCGGCGCAAAGGAGCCCUCUUGCCCAAGCUUCACUUAUUGAAACCAGGAAGCUAAUUGCUGAGGCAACCCGCUCAAUUGAAAGCAUAGAGAAUGGACAACCAAUAUCUCAUGAUUCUGGAGAUGAAGCAUCAUUUACCUCUGAGGCACCGGUAGUAAACCAUUUCCAAUCUGCUCAUAAAUCAUACAAUAGCGGAGAAGUUUUAGAUGAUAGGUUAGUGAACGGCUUUCAUCUUGCUUCAACUUCUUUGGAGCCUAACAGUGGCCAGAAAGAUUCUGAUCUUAAAAACUUGGAAGAGGAGCAACCUAAGGUUAAUGGUUCUAUCCAGUACAAAAGUUCACCCCGUCAAAGAGAAGGACUACUGAAAUCCAAGGAGGGUGGAGAAAUUAGAUCUGCAACCAAAAGUAAGAAGUGGGUUUGUGGUAGAUUGGUUGAAGUAGAUGAGUAAAUAACCGGUGAAGCACAAAACAGUAAGAAAUUGAUGAAGGUAUUUUUGGUAUUGAUAUGAGAAAAUUUUGAUCCGCAUGAAUCAUGCCUUUUGAUAUCCUAUAUAAGGGAAAUUCAGCCAAUGCAUGGGUUAAUGUUUGUUUAUGAGGGACAUCAAGCCGAUGAAUGGGCUAUACUGGAGUAGUGCUUGUACUAUAAAUGUUUCUCUUGCAACAGAAAAUUUGUCCAGGGUUUGGCUGGUAGGGAAGGUAAUGUAGACGUGCUUGUUCAAAAUGAAAUUAAAUAUAGGCUUUUUUUUUGUUCGUUGUAACUGCAAUUGCAAUGUAAAUAUCAACUGCACUCAACAAUAGUUACUGCUAUUUCUAUCACAUGCAGUCAUAAUUUUAGUUGUGUAGUUCAAUUUUAAAUUUUGU